AUGACGAUUCCGGGAUAUGACGGGGUUGUUGAGAAGUUAACGUCAGUCAAGAAUGCGUUUUCGUCUUGGGAUAAUUUCAAACAUGCGGUUCAGGUCAAAAAUACCUUUUUCUCUACAUACUGUAUCUUUUGGUUCGGUCUCGCCUUUGGGAACUGGAGUCUAGGUUCGGCUAUGAUUGGAAUUGGUCUCAACUGGUGGCAAGCUAUAGUCGUGAUCUUCGUGUCCCAAAUGAUUGCCGCGAUUGCCAUGGCCUUCAACUCCCGUGCCGCCACCACCUACCAUCUCGGCUACCCAGCCAUCAGCCGAGUCGUCUUUGGGAUGCAAAUGAUAGUGUAUUCUGGUGCGAGCCACGUCGCCAACAUGCUUCGAGCGAUCUUCGGCGACAGCUACAAGAACAUGCCAAAUCAUCUUCCAGCCUCUGCAGGAAUUGCCACGAACAAGAUGAUAGCCUUCUUCAUCUUCUGGCUGAUUCACCUCGGGUUCUGUUUCUUCCGACCAUAUCAGCUUACAAAAUUCUUUUGGUUCAAAGGCUUUAUCAUGGUACCCGCAGUCUUUGGAGUUUUCAUCUACUGCAUGAUUGAAACGGGCGGGCAAGUCAACCACACCCUGCCUCAAACUAGCGCUACUACCGGCAUGGGAUGGUUUAUAAUCCAAGCAAUUAACACCGGGAUGGGGAACCUUGGCGGCGAUGCUGAUUUAGUACAACAGCUCGUAAAGCCCAUUACUUGUACACUUGCUGCGAGCCUAGGAAUUCUGGCCACAGCUGCAAUCAACGGCAAAUGGGGUCUCACAUUAUGGAACCCAUGGGACCUCCUCGACGCUAUUCAGGACCGUCACAAUGGUUCAGGCCCCCGGUUUGCCAUCUUCCUUGCUGCCUUCACAUGGAUGGUGGGGAUCCUUGGCACUAAUAUAGCGGCCAACAUGAUUGCGUUUGGUUCCGACGUGUCACUUAUUGCGCCGCGUUACAUCGACAUGAAACGAGGCUUUUUUCUCGCCCAAGUGUUAGCUUAUGCUAUCGUGCCGUGGAAGAUCAUGUCGUCAGCCAAGACAUUCACCUCAUUCCUAUCAGGAUAUGGUCUUUUUAUGGCCAGCGUUGCUGCCAUUAUGAUUGCUGACUAUUUCAUUACCACAAGAGGCAACAUCAAGCUAGCCUGGUUAUUCGAUCCACAGAAGACGAACAAGUACUACCGUUAUCACAAAGGCAUCAACUUGCAAGCAGUUAUUGCAUAUCUUAUUGGAAUUGCCCUCCCUCUUCCCGGCUUUCUCUCAUCGCUGGGUGUGUCUGGUGUUGGAGUGGCCGGCAAACGUCUCUUCUCUCUUGGCUGGCUUCUGUCAUUCUUUGUCUCAUUCAUUUCUUACCCACUUAUUUGCAAGUUCUGGCCAACUGAAAACCAGAAGCUUUUCCGUGAGGAAGGGCUGGCAUGGGAAGAGUCUUCCAAGACCACAAUUGAAGGUGUGGAUAUCGGGAACUCUCCAGACGGAAUCUUUCCAGAAGUGGAGAAGGUUAUCAAAGAGGAGGCUUAA